AUGCACGCCUCUCAGGUGUAUUUCAGCCUCCCGAGCUGCUGCAGACUUAGUAAAACGCCUCCUUUUGCUGCCGAUGCUAUUUCUGAUGCGUCUGGGGGCCUCAAUAAAGCCAGAUGCAGCUGCAGUCCCGUUGCGAUCUUUGACCUAGAUGGCACGCUGAUCACCACCCGCAGCGGCAAGAAGUUCCCUGUAGACGCAAACGACUGGAAAUUCCUCUUUGAACAGCAAAUACGCACCCAACUCCGUCGCCUGCACGACAGAGGGUAUUCAAUAUUUAUUUUGUCGAACCAGCUGGGCGUUUCUCUCGGCCAUGUUUCCCUCGCGGAGUUGACGGCGAAAGUUGACGCAGUGCAGCGGCUGCUGCAGGUUCCUCUUACGGCUUGUCUGUGCUGUGCCGACGACAUCUACAGGAAACCGCGGCCGGCAGCUGCUUCCUUCAUUUUCAAAGAUUUGCUGCCGUUGUUGCAGGAGCAGCAGCAGCCAGAGCUCGCUGUCUUUACAGCCACUACUAAGGCUGCUACUGCUUGUCCAGCUGCCUCUGUUUUGGGGUGUGACGAUUACCCUCGGGUCUUCUUUGUUGGGGAUGCCGCAGGUCGACCAGGCGAUCAUAGCGCUGCAGAUCUAAAGUUAGCAUUGAACGUUGGAAUGCAUUUUUAUACACCUGAGCAGUUCUUCGGUGGCAAAGGAGCGCCGCACUUGCCUCUUUUGAGCCGAAGACUGCACGGGGCAGUAGUGGGAAACGAACCGCAGCAACUGGUGAUGGUCACAGACAGAAAGAAGAGCUCCAAGGACAAAUCAGACACUAGUAUUACAAGUCUGGUCUUCGACCCAAUUGAACUCUUAAGCAGCAGCACCACGCAGGCGGGAGACCUGCAACAACAGCGACGCAUUAAAACCAUGGAAGGAGGUGCAGACACAGCAAAGGAGGCUGAAGAAUGCCAGCAGCAACAGCAGCAGAAGAGCUCGCAGGAGCUAGUUAUUCUGAUAGGAGCCCCCGGAAGUGGGAAGAGCACUCUCGUGGACCGGCUGUUUCCGCAGCACGCAGUUGUGCGACAGGACGACCUGAAGGUGAAGGCCAAAUGCGUGGAGGUUUGUGCUCAGCUUCUUCGGGAAGGAAAAAGCGUUGUUGUCGACAGACAAAACACAACCAAAGAAGACCGAGAGAUAUUCAUACAACUCGCAAAAACGCACGGUAGGGGAGACUGCACUGUGCGGGGCAUAGCUCUCUUGUGGCCCAAAGAGGUUUGUUUGCACUUGGGCAUUUUCAGAAGCCUAGCAACAGCCUUAAGAAAUAGCAGCAGCCGCGAGGCGGCUAGUUCGGCGACUUCGUCGUCUGUGUCACGAUACCGUUUGGUGAAAGUACCCAAAGUUGUGGUGAAUACUUUUUAUGCAAAUGUGGAACCACCGACAGUGGAAGAGGGAUUUACUAAAGUGGAAAUACACAAAGAUGUUUCAACGGACUUCCUGCUGUAUGACGACUUCUGUUCAGAAGCAGAAAGAUGUAUGUUUGGUUCCUUCUUAGAUUAA